GAAGGUUGUGAACAUUAUUCAGGAAGGCUGCUGAUCUCAGGAGCACACACUUUGAGUGAAUCUGCUUGGAAGAGGAAUUGGUUAUACCCAUUGUCCUGGCAUUUCCCCAGCAUCUUUUUUUGCCACAUCUGGGCAAUAAGUUAUUUGUAUCACUUAAAAGAAUCCUGGCAACCAAAUCCCCUCGCUGAUACCUGGUUGAGAAGACAGCAAACACCAGCCCCACCAAGAUGAAGGAAGAAGGAACAGGUCCUGACUCCCCUGAAGAUAGCCUUGUAACCAGUGAAGAAGAGGCUGAACGCCAACAGAGGAAGGCCAUGCGUAAGCGCACGGUGCUGGUUGGCAAAGGGGAAGAUGGGAGAGUGCCACUUUCACCUCCCUGCAAGCGAAACAAGAGGAGUACCCAUAUAGAAACCUACGAGGAUGUACACACCCAGAGAAUCAUCGCCAACGUAAGGGAGCGCCAGCGCACCCAGUCAUUAAAUGAUGCCUUUGCCGAACUGCGGAAGAUUAUCCCUACAUUGCCAUCUGACAAACUCAGCAAGAUACAGACCCUGAAGCUGGCUUCACGCUAUAUUGAUUUCCUGUACCAAGUCUUGCAGAGUGAUGAGCUGGAUCACAAGAUUGCCAGUUGUAACUACCUUGCCCAUGAAAGGCUCAGCUAUGCCUUCUCCGUGUGGAGAAUGGAAGGUGCCUGGUCUAUGUCAACAUCCCACUGAGCCCUGAGAUGAUACCCUCUUGCUUGCUGUUUGAAAAGGAUUUUCAAGGCUGAACAUUCAAAAGGAAUGAAGGAUGAGGUAAUUUCCUCGCUGUUUCGUGUCUCCAAUACUCCAAUGAUCUAGCAGAUAUAGAACUGCGUAUUUAAAAAUGUCAAGAAUCGACAAGUCAAAAUCAAUUGGGGAACCCUCAUCUGAGGUGUGAAAACAUAAAGACCCACAAAUGGCCUUCAAACCUAUAAAUGCUGUGAUUCAAUUGGCCUUGAAAAUAGCUGGAGAAGAUGGAAGAACGCAGCAGUGCAGAGGAAGACAUCUUCAACAUGAAUGUAAAAAAACACCGAACAUGGACAUUCAACCACUUGUAAAGAGAUCCUGUGGAAUUUAUUUAUUCAGGACAAGAGAAUAAGAUACACAUUUGUUGUUUAUUCUUUUUCAAUCCCCAAAUGCCCCCUUUAGAAUAGUUGUGAGAAGACAGUACAAAUCGUAUAAUUUCAUUGCCAGCAUAUUAAACACAAGUCUCGUUUAACACCCAUUAGAACCUUGCAGUAAAGGGUUAAGGACAAGCUUACAUGUCUCCCAUCCAGUUUCCUAUGUUUCUACUGCAGAAAUGCUCUUUCAUUAUUUUGUAUGUACGCCAGACUAUGCAAUUUGCAACUUAUUUUUGUAGAUGAUGGGCUAUUAAGUGGGGGGAAAAAAGUCUGAUUUACUGUCGGGCAAUUUUGCGAAAAGUUCUCUACAUAACAAAUGUUACAGUUAUGUUAUUUUCAUAAUUCAUAUCAUAUAUCAGUAUAAAAUGUCAUUUUCUAGAGGACCCAUAGGCAAAGCCUUAACUGAUUAGUCAACAUUUCUUGAAAGAAAUCAUAAAAAGGUUUACAAGAUGCACAUAUAUAUGCCAUUCGCUGGAACUUUAUCGUCUGCGCUUAUAUCUUUAAUCCUAUCUAUCAUGACAGCUGCACUGUAUAAUGGUUAGAUAUCUGUAAAAUGGAUUGACGGUCAGAUACGUACAUCUCUCAAAAUGCUAAAUAACGGCAAAAAUAGGCCUCCAAAACACUAGUGAAGAAUACAUAUGGAAUUAUGAAGGUAUCUGAAAACAUACAUACACUUGCUUACAGAAAAUGGUAAAAAAUAAAUAAAAAAAGCAGGUAUACGGGCAAUAAAGAUAAAAAGCUAUUUAAAAAUAAUAAAAGGUUAUUCAAUAAAGUGAUAGUUCAAAGUGAAUUUCAGAUUUAAUGCCAAAAUAGACAUACUGGAAAAAAAAAUCUCAAAAUCAGUUAUGCUUCUUUGCCUAUUUUGGCCUUACAUUUAAAAUUCACUUUAAUGAGUAACACUGUUAGAUUUAAAUCUGGGCUUUUAGAACUAAUGCAAACAGUCAAGUCUAGGAAAGAAAUGAAAUUCUAAAAAAUAGGCAGGUCUUUUUUUUCUCACUGAAGGGCAAAUGUGACGUGAUGUACAUGAAUAUGUAUUCCUCUUCACGUUAACAACAACUUUAUUGGCCUUUUGCAGCUCACAAAAUGGAUUUAGAAUCAGAAUCUAGAUCAAACUUUUUUUUCUUUUUCCUUAGAAUUCCACAUUAAAUGUUAUCAUUCUGUUUCAGUCGUUAUUCAAUGACACUAACUUAAAUUGACUAACAUGUUUUUGUUUUAGAGGAAUAAAAAAUGCCUGGACAAGAAAGUCUUACUUUAGAUUGGUAAGAACCUGUUUACGUUGAACUUGAUCAUUUAACAAGGUGUGAUAUAAAUAAAGCCACUUUUAAUAUAUUUAAAGGAUCAUUCCAAACGCCACUACAACCACUGCAGUGAGUAUGGUGGCCGGGAGUGCCUUGUCGCCCUAUCAGAGGAAAAUUACAAACCACCACGGCCUACACUGCUGCUG